UCUAAAGGUGCUGUUCUUUCUGGAAUACUGCUGGGAUUGAGUGUUUGUCAGUAUGCUGGACAGCAUUUGGUGAGAUUUAGCCACGCCCACAGCUGAAGAUGUCAGACAAUGGGGAAGUAGAAGACAAGCCGCCAGCUCCGCCCAUGAGGAACACCAGCACCAUGAUUGGCUCGUCCGGUAAAGACUCAGGCCCACUGAAUCACGGCUCCAAACCCCUGCCGCCCAACCCAGAGGACAAGAGGAGAAAAGAAGGCUUCAUCCGAUCCAUACUCACCGGAGGAGGAGACAAGACCAAUAAGAAGAAAGAGCGCCCGGAGAUCUCUCUGCCGUCGGACUUUGAGCACACCAUCCAUGUUGGCUUUGACGCCGUCACUGGAGAGUUUACCGGCAUGCCUGAGCAGUGGGCUCGGUUGCUCCAGACGUCCAACAUUACAAAACUCGAGCAGAAGAAGAAUCCUCAAGCCGUUUUGGAUGUGCUUAAAUUCUACGACUCUAAAGAAACAAGCAACAGUCAGAAAUACAUGAGUUUUACAGACAAAGGUGCCGAUAACUACAGCUCUUCCAACGCAGUGAACUCCAAGACUGUUUCCGAGACCCCUGCCGUGGCCACGGUCUGCGAGGAUGAUGAUGAGGAUGAAGCCACGCCUCCACCAACCAUCGCACCCCGUCCCGAACAUACAAAAUCUAUCUACACACGCUCCGUUAUCGACCCCCUCCCUCCUCCACUCUCCACCAAAGACGCAGCUACGUCACCCAUCAGUAAUGUGGCCGCUGACGGAGGCAGCCCCACCCCAACACCCUCACCAACACCCGACACCCUCCACGCCACAAAACACCGACAAAACACGCAGAAGAAGAUGACCGACGAGGAGAUACUCGAGAAACUGCGAAGUAUAGUCAGCGUGGGCGACCCGAAGAAGAAGUACACGCGAUUUGAGAAGAUUGGCCGG